AUGUCGGAGGAAGUGCCGCAAAAGAGGCCUAUGACUGUGACAUUCAAUGUGGAAUAUAACAGAGGUCCCACACGAUCCAGUACUAGAACAUAUAAUCAACCAGCUUCAGAAGGAGCGACAUUACGUCCACAAUCAAGAAAAAUUACGGCAAAUCUUAAGACAGCAGAUCUUUCACACAUAUCAGACAGUAAAACAAUUCCAAAUGUUCCUACUUUUAUUCCAAAAGAGUUCGCCCGCGAAGUUAAAACUCCGAUUCCACUCAAAGAAGGAAUGUCAACACACGACGCAGACAAUAACCAAUGGCUUACUCCUGUUUUCCCAUCUCCUGCUCCUACAGAUACAAGGCAAGAAGUAGAAAAUCUCGGUCAAUGGUUAAAUUCUGUUUUAGAAAAGAACCAAAAAGAAACAAAAGAUCCAAUCGAAUUAGCUACGAAUGCAAGAAAAUGGUUUACAAUUGCUUACGAAGAACUUUGCCGUCAAGUUUCUGCAGAAUCUCCUGAAGGAUCAACAUUAUUGUUGUCAAUCUGGAAAAGGUACCAAGAAUUGUUUGCCAGAGUUGUCCAAUUGCAUCAAGAAGAAAAGACAUACUUAGUUAACUGUCAUAAAGAAAGAACAUCAGCAUUAAAACAACAAGUUGACCAAACACAAGCAAAACUCAAACAGAUUACGCAACAAUAUCGCGAUGACCAAGAGAGAUGGUCCAAUUCUCGCGAAAGAGAUGAAACAAAAUUUGCAAAUAUGCGAAAAAAGUUAGAUCUUCAAGUUAAGAACAAAAGAUCAUUACAUAUGCAGAUCAAAGCUCUUAGAGAACAACUCGAGAGUGGAAAACCCAUAGAAAAAGUGGAAGAACAACCUCCUGUUGAAGAACAAGAAGAAAAAAAGCCGGAAGUCAACAUUACUAACCACCAAGUAUCCGAAAAAGCCCAUAACAUGCGUCAGAACAUCAAGAAAGACUACCCAUACAUGUAUGAUACCAUUGGAGCUUUAGAUGAUAUUUCCAGAAUCUCAGAUCAAGACAGGCAACCAUCGAUGCAUACACGAGAGCUAUUCCCAUCAAUUCUACAUGACCUUCCGCCCAUCAGACCUCCGAAAAUCCGCUCUUUAAAGUGGUGUAUGGCAGCAUUUAGUCAUUUCUACGCUUUAAGGCUUUCAAACCUUUGUUCCAAGAAGCCUACAACCAAAUACACCGCAAACAGACAGCAUUUCGCCGAGGAUAUCUAUCAUCAUCUGAUAUCUUUGUUCGGAUCUCCUGUUGAAGCCGCGGAAACCUUCUUUGACCUUGUAGAAACAGCUAAACAAAAUGCUGCCAAUGGAAACAGACGCUGCAGACUCUUCCUUCAGUUCAUAGACGCUCAAGCUCCAUAUCGUGACCCUGUUUUUCUUGAUUUUUACUGUUUCUGUCUUGGCAACUUCAUUAUUACUAAUACCCAACAAACACUACUGUUUGAGGACAAGCUUGAUGAGAAUCCACCUGUUUUCUCACCAUGUUCCGGUUCAAUUGCAAUUGAUUUAGCCAAAAAAGUGUUAUAUUCCAUAUCCGAAGGUGUUAAUGCUGAAGGAUACUUGAACAACAUGAAAGAGGAGCUAAAGAUAUCAAAUGACGACGAACAGAUUGUUUCUGAAGAUGUUUUAUUGGAUUAUUUAGUUAAUUGUUUUGCGACGGAAGAAAACAGAAUGAUGGAUCAAUUGCAUGAACAAUACGACAUGGAUGCAGCUCAAUACGGUGGCAUUGUUACUCUCGGACAAUUCCAAACACUCGCGAUGUUCAGUUCAAAGAAAUUGGCUUCACGAGGUUAUUUGGAUAUGAUGAGAGAUACUUUUUUACGGACAAUGUCAACUAAAAUAUCUUUCCAAGAUUUAGUUGAAGCAAUGCAUAGACAGUCAAUGCUUGUUCCUAUUUCCUUCGAGAGAGUGGAUUACAACGUGGACACUCAUCUCGAUGAUAUAUUCGCUUUCAUGAAGGAAGAAUACAACUUCCACAUGCCAGAAAUAGAAGCGAAAUUGGAGAGAGCAAGAAAGACAGAUAAUUCACUUUUCAAACAGUUGAAUGCGGCUAAAUCAAAGUUCGAACAGGUCGUCGAAUCAAAGAGAGCUGGACCUUUCACAGAAGAUGCACAAAGAGAAUUGUACGAAAAACUUAGAUCUACAACUCUUGAAUGA